UAACAACAUUGCUGUCGGCUGCAGGACAGAGGGUGGCGUGUAAGGCGAACCCGGCGAAGAAAGGAACACAUUUUAUCCCCGAUUUUAGUCGUCUCAGAUAACCCACUAUGUCAUAUUGCAAGCAAGAAGGGAAGGAUCGCGUAAUAUUUGUUACGGAAGAAGACCAAGAUGGACCUUCAAAAGUCUCGUUACCAGAAGAUGAUGAACAGCCAGCUGGACUUAUACAACCUGAUGGAGAAAUCAACUGGGCAUGUCCAUGUCUCGGCGGAAUGGCUACUGGUCCGUGCGGUGUUGAGUUCCGAGAAGCCUUUACCUGUUUCCACUUCUCUACUGCGGACCCCAAAGGAAGUGACUGUUUAGAGCCGUUCAAGGAGAUGACCAACUGUAUGUCUAACUACCCAAAUGUCUAUGGCAAUAAAGACAAAGAAGAGACGCCCGCAGAAGAAACAGAAAAAAGUUCAGAUACACAACAGUCCAAAGAAGUUGAAGCAAAAGCAUAAUGAAUCAUUUAGAACUAUUUGGGAAAUGAAUGUAUUUGUCUCAAUGCACUUUGACCAAGAGUGAGAGCAUGUAUAUAAGUGGUGGUACAAGCUCAAGUAAUAAAGUCUCAUAUUUUCAGCUGUACAUUGGAAAGCAGUUUGUAAACAUACCAGAAAUGUUAUCAUUGUUAUGUAAAUAUUAUGGAAAUAUGCAGCCAUGGGUAAUUUGUUACAAGUACCAUAAGGAGUUUCCAGAUGUCACAUUGGGAACAAAAAUUACUCUGAACUGGAAAUGACUGUUAAUGUAUUUCUUUAAUAAAAUGAAUAAGACUAAAGUUUGAUGUAUUUAUUAUUUUUAUUCUUGUUUUCAUUAUUGAUGACCCUUGUUAUUAAAAAUGAGAAAUAAAAAACAAGUGUGCAAUAAAAGACAAAAUACAAACCAAAAUGGAAAAGAAAUUAUUUUGGACUGAUGGACUUGUAACACAAGGGCAAGUAAUGUUGAUUUGAUCCAUGUAAAUAUAGUUGCAAUGUAGUUAUGCAACUGUUGAAAUUAUUAAAACAAUAGAUAGGUACAAAAUAUGAAAUUGGUAGAAAAUAGGCAUAUUGAUCCUGGUAGAGCAUAAGAGUUGUUACAUAUGUUCAGGCAUCUUUAAGAGAGUAUAUUUUUUUCUAUAUAUAUGUAUACUUUAAAGAUCAGAUAUCUUGACAAGUGGUAUUAUUUAUAUUAUUGUACGAUAGCUUACACAUAAUUGAAUUAAGAAUCUGGAAACUUCACUCUCUAAACAUAAAUGCACUUUAUUUAUACACAUUUGUAUUUCCAAUUAAUGUUCUGUACAUUUUAUGUCUGUGUUCAUUGCAUCUCAGGAACCUCAAAUGCAAUCAUCAGCUGGAAUUGUUUCAGUUAUGUAACAGGUGCUAUAUUAUGCUUCAUGCAUAAGGCACUCAAAAAAAAUGAGAGGAAAAUGAUAACAGUUAGAUUAUUUCUCUUAAUUUAUCAGGCUUAAUUGCAAGAUCGUGUGCUCAAUGGCUCAGUGGGCUAAGGUACUUGAGUGCUCGUCUAGUUUUCAGGUAUUUCAGCCUCUCUUGUGCCACGAGUGAUUAGGUUCCCAACUAGAACACUGAGGGAGGAUCUCAAGUCUAUGCAUAACUCAGUGUCUGCCCACCCUUUAAUAAAAAGAAGAAAUUGCAAGAGACAUCAGCUGAGAAUAUUUACUGCUGCUUAGUAAUGAAACUUUUGCUAUUUAAUUUUCAGGUAGUUCCAAAUUCAUAAUUUUGCUAUGCAAGUUCCAUACAUUAUGUAUUUUUCCUUUUUAUUAAAAAAUACAAAGUUUAAUGAGAUUAAAGAUUAUGUAAAAAGUGUAAACAUAUUUUAUAUAUAAUGUUUGGUAUUCUCUUAACUUGAAAUUACUAUUUAUAAUUACAUCAGGGUCAAUUUCUAACACUUUUUGUGUUUUCUUCUUGUAAGUAUUUGUAUAUUAUCACUCUGAGAGUGGAGUAUGUUUUACAAAACUAAUUCAGGAUAAUUCAACAUCUCAGACUUCAUGAUACUGUAAUAUAUGAUCAUUCAGAAAUAAAGGUAUUUGUAUA